AAUGUAUGAACGUCUUAUCGUGGAACGAAGAGAGUUCUUCCCCUGAUAUAUCUUUUCACCGUUCGACUAUAAAUGCAGCCAGUUAGCGAACGACAAGCAUACUCACAAUUCAGAGACGAUCUCAGCUGUACAGGUUGGAAACAACAUUUCUAAGAUAAAAAGUCAAAAAAUGAGGGCUACCAUUGUCUCGAUUUUGAUAAUCGCUCUAACAACGCUUGCAGAGUGUUCUCCAGGCAUAAGUAAUGGCCGUCAACCCGCACCUUACGUGAAUCGUUUGCCUCCUCCCAAACCACGUUUUCGCAGAUCACCUGAUCCAGAACCUCAAGGAUCGUUGAGCGCGACCUGGGAGAAACAUUCCAACGGACCCGAGCGGACCAAUAUCGACUACCGGCACAAAUUGUUUGAAAACAAGUACGGUUCGAUCAGCGCGACAGGCGGAGGUCAGAAAUAUUCGGGUCAUAAUUGGGAGCCAAGCGUUGGACUCCAAGGAUCCUUCCGAUUCCGAAGAUCCCCGGAACCACAACCAGAACCUCAGGGAUCGUUGAGCGCGACCUGGGAGAAACAUUCCAACGGACCCGAGCGGACCAAUAUCGACUACCAGCACAAAUUGUUUGAAAACAAGUACGGUUCGAUCAGCGCGACAGGCGGAGGUCAGAAAUAUUCGGGUCAUAAUUGGGAGCCAAGCGUUGGACUCCAAGGAUCCUUCCGAUUCCGAAGAUCCCCGGAACCACAACCAGAACCUCAGGGAUCGUUGAGCGCGACCUGGGAGAAACAUUCCAACGGACCCGAGCGGACCAAUAUCGACUACCAGCACAAAUUGUUUGAAAACAAGUACGGUUCGAUCAGCGCGACAGGCGGAGGUCAGAAAUAUUCGGGUCAUAAUUGGGAGCCAAGCGUUGGACUCCAAGGAUCCUUUCGUUUCCGAAGAUCUGCCGAAUCAGAAGACGAUGAGGAAAUCGAGCACUAAUAGCAUUUCCAUCGAUAGAUGAUCAUUUCGGAGCCUAAUUUAUGACGUUCAUGUAUUUAAAUCCAUUUUCUUUCGUUGAAUAAAAUCUAUUGAAAUUUUAA